GAAUCUUUUGUCGAUGCUGCUCGCCUUUCAAGGAAAAUAAAUUCAAUUUCAAUUGAACGCGAACUACGUCUAGAAGGAAGAAUUGAAAAAAGUUUCAGGUAUCAAAGGAAACUAAACCGACAACCUCAACCAAUGUUUCGCUGAAAACUUACAUUUACCCUCAAAUAUUUGGUUUAACCAUUUACUCGUUUUACCAGCAUUCUAAAUGCUAAUGAGGGUGAUUACUCAUUACAAAAAGAUUAAUAGAACUGCAUAAAUACGUAAGGACGUCCUAUAAUUUUCCCCAAACUGUCCCAUUUCCUGUAUGUGAUAUCAUAUCUUUUUUUACUGGAGUCGCAUCCGUACAAAACCACUAUACCAUUUUCAGAAUAAAUCACGACCGCGUAAUAAAUCUUGAAAUAUCCUACUCCAAUUGUGGCGCAAUAAAGAAAAAUAUAAACCGUAGCGGCUUAGCAUCGUUGUAACGUAUUUCGCCUUUACACCGCGUUUCGUUGUGGUAUUUCAGUUUUAAUUAAACCGCAAUUUACGAUGCCAUUUCUAUCGUUCGUGGUACUAAAAUGACGAUAUAUUUUCAUAAAUGUUCGGUAACGUAAAACUCGAAGGCAGCCAACAUACUUUAAGCCCUACAUAAAAAAGAGAGAAAAUACUUCAAUUCUCAUAAAAUAAACAGACUUUCCCAAUCGAAGUUUCUCAUACAUCCAAGCAUAUUUUUAUUUCCCUCUGCAAAUAUAUAACCAGCAGUAAAACCAACGCGUACAUGAAAUUCGAUUUUUAUUCGAAUCAAAUUAAAAUCAUAAUGAGAACGCACCAAUAACCAAAUUAAAAAUAACCACGAAUUCAGGAAAUUAUAAAUGCAAUUAACAAUUCGCAAACAGCAGCCAAUUAUUAUACCCGACAGAAUCUCACCCCAGUGUAAUUACUGAGAACGAACAGAAGCCCAAAAUAACUCAAGAAGAACAUUCAGCAUUCAAAAAACAUGUGCAGUCUGAGUGUACUCCAUUGGGAAUUGGCUUCGAAUAAGCAGACACUAUACGUGUCUCUAUAUUCAAUUCUGGCUAUUCCUACGUGAUAGAGAAGAAUGGAUAGAGACAGAUAAAGAUAGUGAAUAAGAUAUCCAUACAUACGUGCAGACAAUAGUGUGGAAACCGAAGGAAGUAAAUGUCCUAAAGCCGCAGAGAAUUGAUAUUUUAUUCUCCUACAGAGACAUCAACGUUCAUGCAAUUCCGAACAAAUUCUGAAUCUCGAUUUUCCAUUGAUAGAAUGUCAAUUUGCAUGCCAUGUAUAUUGCACUGCAUUGCUUGAUCCAAUUCCUUUUGGAGUUGUGAUGCUCGACGAACCACCCUAAAACUGAAGUGAAUUCCACGUUGGAUUUUCUAUGAACAUUCCACAAACUUCCCCUCUCUUGCCAGACAAAUUUUUCAAAAGUGGUACGAAGACGGUGGCUACCUUGGGGAAAGGGUUGAACAGCAGGGAGGUUAUGUAGUAACUUUCUAAGAAUAGUUGUACCAAAGGAUCCCAUGUUGCUUUAGUAAUUGAAAUUGCUUGCGACGUUACUAGGCGUCAACAGGAUAAUUUACAGUGUCUGGUCAGACAAGAAUCUCACAGGGCUAGGAUCAGUGACAUCAUUUAAAACGACAAAAUUAAUUUAAUCAAUAAAUUACAAAGGACAUUAUCGUAAAUUGUAUCAACCUGUAUCCACAUCCAGUUCAAGAAGCACGUGCUACUUCCAUGCAUCUUCAGAUCCUGGAAAGUCAAGGAGCAUCUCUAUGGUUUCCACACAAUCACCGUAUUUUCAUCCAGCAUCUGUUUAUUCAGAAUUCUUUGAAGGCAAUUUAACUUGAAUCUACUGUUUUGGUCCGGUCCAGCGGAACUCUCCUCCAUUCCUUAUAUUUCAUGCAAAGAGCAAAAAAGGAACUUUAAGACAACAGAAGGAACAUACGAAUAGAGAGCAUUGAAAGGAAAAUGUGAAGAUUAAAAACGUAAGAGAGCGAAUAAUGGAGAAAAACAGUGUAAGGAAAAGGGCCUGGAUCGUUUGCAUAACGAAGUUAGAAAGUGAUUUGACGUAGACGCAGGUGGUUCGCCCGAGCGGAAGUUGAGUUGUUUGAGUUCCGGUUAACAAGGACGCUACGAGUAAUUUCGACCUGGGGCCUCGCGUUCUCCUGUGCUCUGGGCGCGUUAUGCUGGUUGCGAACAAAUGCUGCCAUGCUCGCAACAUGCCAGCCGGCGGCACCGACCCAGCCGCUGGUACCGAGGCUGAAGUACUCCAAGUUCCUGGUCUUAUCCACAGAGAAGACCUUCCUUCUGUUGCUCCUCGCCGUUGUCGUCUGCAACUCGCAAACCGCUACGCGCUACGCCUCGCGCAUCGUCGAGACCCAGGGUGGACAAAUUCGAGGAAUACUCCAGGAACUAAACAGUCGCCAUUUGGAUCCUGUCGAAGUUUUUCGUGGGAUACCUUACGCGGCUCCUCCCGUAGGAGAUCUUCGUCUAAGACCACCAACGCCACCUCUACCCUGGUCCGGUGUCAAACUGGCAGACACCUUCGGUCCAGUUUGUCCCCAGAAACAUCCAGACAUGACCAAUCGCACUUUGGCACUCAAUCAAAUGCCACGUGGAAGAUUUCUUCAGUUGAAGCGACUUCUCACUUUCCUGGGCAAUCAAAGCGAGGACUGUCUCUACCUGAACCUCUACAUACCAGGAAGCGGUUCUCGUGGACUGGAAGCUCCGUACGCAGUGAUGGUUUACGUCCACGGCGAGAGCUUCGAAUGGGGUUCCGGUAAUCCUUACGACGGUUCAGUGCUUGCCAGUGCCGGACACGUUAUCGUUAUCACGAUGAACUAUCGUCUAGGAGUCCUUGGAUUUCUCAGGACGCGUCCCAGUCCUGACACGGGUACGGGAUCCGGAGGUAACCUGGCGCUUAAGGAUAUCGCCAUGAGUUUAAAGUGGACACGAGAAAACAUUGGUGCCUUUGGCGGAGACCCAACCAGGAUCACCCUGAUCGGACAUGACACCGGUGCGGCUUUGGUGAAUCUUCUGCUGCUCACUCCUUACGGCAAAGGUCUCUUUCAUCGCGUCGUCCUUCUCAGUGGAUCAGCUCUUAGUCCUUGGGCCUCCGUCCAUGACCCCAAUGAUCUUCGGCUCAAGGUGGCUGAACAAUUGGGAUGUUCUGCUGAGAUCCAUGAAGAUAUUGCUGACUGCUUACGGUCCGUUCCUCUACGAGUUCUCUUGGACGUGGAGCUGCCGGAAAUGAGGUUCAUGCCUCAAAUUGGACCCAGCUUACCAGUGGACCAAAGUAAUCCUGAUCCAGCUUUGGAUAUGGAGAGGGCCAGCGACGCUUUUAUAAAAGUUCCUCUGAUCUUGGGUGUAUCUACCGCUGAAUCUUAUUGGGAUUUUAAUGCAAACGACAUCCAAUAUGGCUUUGAAGAGGAUCAACGAAACAGGAUCAUGAGGACGUUCAUCAGGAAUGCUUAUGUCUAUCAUUUAAACGAAAUAUUCUCAGCAGUGAGAAACGAGUAUACUGAUUGGGACAAGCCUGUUUUACAUCCUAUAAAUAUUCGUGAUUCAACAAUGGAGGCUUUGAGCGACGGCCACACUGUUGCUCCGUUGAUGAGGAUUGCGUAUUAUCAUGCUCGACGUGGAGCCAAGACUUACUUCUAUCACUUCAACUAUCAGACCAGAGACAGCGACUAUCUUCAACGAUUAGGCAGUGUACGUGGUGAAGACAUACCUUAUCUCUUUGGAUUGCCACUGGUAGCUGGUGGACCAUUCUUCCCACAAAAUUACACAAGACAAGAUCAGGGGGUAGCGGAAGCGGUUUUGACGUUCUUCACCAACUUCGCCAAGACCGGAAAUCCAAAUGAACCCCACAAUAUCGAAUCAGUGGACUAUGGUACUGUUAAGGAGAAGACACGAUUUCGAGGUCUAACUUGGGACCAAUAUGAGACCGGAUCUCAGCAGUACCUGAUGAUAGCACUCAAACCUAAAAUGAAGAGUCACUAUCGAGGGCACAAGAUGGCUGUCUGGCUCAAUUUGAUUCCCCAACUUCAUCAACCAGGCGAUGACGACGUGUCGAUGCGUCAUCAUCAUUUUCGAGAACAUGGAGAUCAUUUAUACGCAGGACCGGUAAGAGACGAAUGGCAUACUCCCUUACCUUUACCUGGCACAACCACCACGAAUUCUCUUUCAACAACCACAUGCACCACGUCGACGAACGAAGAGAUCAUUACCGAAGACAUCACAGCCAUCUUGGACAACAGCGAAGACGAUGCUGAGCUUCUCCAACGGCUGGCAUCAAGACAUUAUUACAGUACUACCACCGCCCUGGCGAUAACUGUAGGCGUCGGUUGUAUACUCCUGGUACUGAACAUGCUCAUCUUCGCGGGUAUAUAUUACCAGAGAGACCGCGACAAGAAAAGAGCGGCUAUGGAUUGUACGCCAAAUGGUCAGGAGUCCUUACCAAUGUCCACGAGAACGUCUCUGAAACCUGCGGAUAAUAUCAAUCAAACUCAAGAACCACCACCGUCCUAUACAACUCUAGCCAGAAGUCCUACCAUCCAAGACCAGGAAUCCGUUCAUCAUCAACAGGUCGAAUGUACUGACGAAGAGCCUAGAACGAAUCUCAAGAUUUUAACCAGCGCAGGACAGAAAGAUCCCACGCCUCCCAAACCUCCUACGAGGACAACCAGCUCCUUGAGUACUACAGCUGGCACCAUUAAGAAACGCGUGCAGAUACAAGAAAUAUCUGUAUAGCAUUAGGGAUUACCCUCCGAGGGUACAAUAACACGUGGUAAGCGAGUCACUUUCCUGGACCUAGAGGGCACUGCCGAGUCCCGCUUUUGAUACCAAUUGGAAAAUAUUUUUAUCUGUCCCUUCGAUUAAUGAUUUCAUUAAACUCCUGACUUAUCAAUCCAAUCCUCGGCACUUAUGUCCUUUUGCUGUUCAAAUAAACUUCAUUGAAUGAUUUUAUUCAGUGCUUGACUUCGCUGUUCUCUCGGAGGGUGAACAUGCCGGAUCUAUCGGCUAAAAAUAUUAACGCAUAAAGCAUAUAGUGAUUAUCUGGAUGAAAGCGAUAAAAAAUACCGUGGUCCAUUUUGUGCAUCACAGCAUUUUGCUUGGAAUCUUGCUGAGCAGGAUUGACACAUGGAUACUUAAAAACUGUUGAAAUUUUUAAGUGUCUCUUACUCCAACCAAUUUCAACUUGUGACUAUUUCUACCUGCCACUGUACAUACAUACAACCGCUUAACGACUUCAUUUUGAAAAAGGGAUUACACGAGUCUUAUAUUCUCAAGUAUAGCUACCUAUGAAUAUCAGUGUAGGAAAGUGUGUUUAAUUAAUUACUCCUCUUCCCUCGGACCAAAAAACGUUGGAAAGGAUAAAAGAAAUGGACGUUUACAUGAAACUGAUAAGAAUAUCUUUUUUGUUAAUAUUAAACUCGCUAGUUGCAAUAACGGUGUGUAAUGGGACAAAAAUAAUUUCGAUUAAAUCCGAGGUAUUUAAGUGAAUCUUGAACGGUGCGUCUCGUAUGUGGAACUUCAGAAGGCACGUUUAAACAUAUGUUUAUGGUGGUUUAUAAAAGAAAGAACAAACGUUAGUGUACUUAUUCUCAAAUGUCCAACAGAAAAGGACGACUCGAUCAUGCUGUAAAAGUGAGACUAUACCUUUUAGAGUGAUUAGAAUUUAGAAUGGUUAGAGAUCAUUUGCCACUAAUAGCAGAUGAGCUGUUUGGAACUAUGGAAAACUAUUGAUAUCAUUAAAAAGAAAAAACGUAUCCCGUUAUGUAUCGAAUAAAGAAUGAACGUAUGCGAACAAGCACGAGCAUUUUUUUGUUUAACAAUAUAAAAGUGUCGUCAAUGCACACAAGUAAUAUUGUAAGGCAAACAAAUCCUAGUGAAAUUAAAGACAUGUAAUUGUUUCAUUACGAAGCAAUGAAGAAGGGAAAUUCGAAAUUUAACGAUCGUUAAAAUUCACGUAGUCCAUAAAAUACACUAGUCCAAUCCAUUUGUAAAUUUCACUGUAGGUUUCAGUAUCACAAUAAAUUCGAAUUUGUAAAUA